AUGUCCUCUUCCGCCCUCGUUGGCACAGACGCGUCGUCGCGUCCGCCGCGGUCGAGGAUUUUGACGCCAAGCUCCGAGGGUAGCUCGAAUCAGAAAGAUGAGCUCCGUUCUCCUGAGCAGCGCAAGAGGAAGAGGGCCGACUCUGUCACCAUGGAGCAUCUUUUAAAGCCCUCAAUUGCUCUCAAGCCACAUCCCCCAAACCUGCACAUUCAACCUCGCGUCCUCCACCCGUUGAUGGUCCUACCUCGCCAGCAUCUUCCGUUAUCAUGUAUCGAUAUUCAUGCUUCCAACAUCGAUCUAUCUUCGCACCGAUUCUAUGAGGCCCAUGUGAAAAUCCUCGACCUGGAGAGCCGCAUGGGCUCUGUCCCAGUGGUCCUCCUUGCUAGGAAGGAGUCUAGCCGCGCUGUCUACGCCCUUGAACGACAGGAGAAUGGAUUAUACGUUGUAUUCAGAUUGGGAUCUUGGGUAAAUUUGGAAGAAUUGGCCAAGGACGCCUCCGCCGUUUGCCACGAGCGCCUGCGGCCACCCGUCAAACUCGAAUCCCAAGGCCAAGCCGCGUCCUCGGCCAUCACGACGCCACAACUACACAAGGACCAAAAGAUGAAACGGGCUGCCAUUGAAGCUAUUCAGUCCCUUGUUCGAAAGAGGCCAAGGUCACAAUCUGUUUCGACAUUGGCAGAAUCUGAGAGGCAUGAUGGAAAAUCAGAUGCUGCCGUUCCCAUGGAAACGAAGCUGCCAUCACCAAUUCUUAUGAAAGAAGAACUCGCGGCGACACCAACCGAUAACACCAAGCAGGCAGUGCCUUCAGCCUCGAUCAACCCCGAGGAACCGCCCCCACAGCAAACUGCCGAUGAGAUUUUUGAUGCUCUCAGAACGCAGUACUUUGACGCGUUGUACAAGUCCAUGGGCUCGCUCGCCUACUUUGCCAAAGGACCACUCUCCCGGGCUCGUUCUGCUUUCCACCUCGAUCUCGAGUCUAGCUUGGACAUGGGCGAUCUGAUCGAGUUCCUCAAGGGUCUAGUCCUGACCACGGUACAAAUCGACAAGAAGUACCGCGACACUAUCCCUGAACUCAUCGCCAAACUGAAGACGGUCAUUGAUAGCUCUGACGAAGGACGCAAGAGGAAGCGUCGAGCCAAGAAGAUGAAGAUUGGCAAGUCCGGCCUCUAUCCACACGAGGACGAGCAUAUCAGAAAGUGGUGGGCGGCAAACAAGCCUGAGCUGAAAGAGGACGAGUUCGAUGUGCCCAUUCAGCAGAUAAAGUCGCUCACUUCGAUGCUACGCACCCGAGAAACCCAGCUUCAGAUGAUCCUCAUCCUCGAGAUCUUGGCAUUGACCCCAUUAAAACCUGUCGAGGAUGCUGAAGAUAGCCAAUUGCCACCCUUGCCUGGUGCUACGGAGUCCCAAAACGAUAUGGCACCUCCUCCUGCGAAGAAGCGGAACAAGCACAAUCUUCCUGUUCUAGUAGAUGUGCAUGCCGAUCGCUUGACCAUCUGGCAGUCCACCGCCUCUGACGAGCAGUUGCUUCUCGAGGAUUCUCAGGUUUCUCAGGCUCAGGAUGGUCAGCCUCAACAGAAGGUCUCGUCGGAGCCUCUCAAAGACUUUUGCGUGGAUAUUAUUGUGCCAUUCUUCUCCCACCGACUUCCCGAGCUGUGUGACUCGAUCAAUCGAAAAUUGGGCGGUCCUGUCAUCGUAAAGCCUUCCAAGUCCAGGUCCUUGAAGCGAUCGUCGAGUAAGCGCGAUCAGAGACCAGGCGCAGUCACCAAGCGUCCUACACCUGGUAAGCCAACAAGAACGCUGCAAAGAGCGCUCUCAACAGAGCAACAGUCUCGACGAAGUGUGUCCAGAGGGCCCAGCAACAUGAUUGCUCUUAUGCGUUCCGCAACGUCCACAUCUCUACCAGGAAUCAAGCGGGAAGCGAGCGACUCUGCAGCAAUCAAGUCAGCACUGAAGACUGAGCCUGAUCUCUUGAACAGGAGAGGAGGGUUACUCUCCCGGAGCAGCAGCAUGUCCAACCUGCAGGAUGCAAGAGCCAGCAAGAAGGCCCAAGUCGAAGCAGAGCUGAAGGAUGCCAUCUCUUCUUUGAGGAAACCCAACCGUGAGGUUGUUGGUAAGGCGUUGGCUGAAGCAGCAGAACGCCGAGCGAAUGUCAGCCUUUCGGCAAAGAAAGUCAGAAAGCCUGCCCGGGGCUCCCUUGGCGCUUCGGUCGUCAAAGCUACGCCAGCAAACAACCGGUUCAGGGACGUAUUUGCAUCAAAGUCUGAGACAGUGGAUGUCCCCAUGAUGGGCACUGAGGAGGUCAUUCCCCCUUCUAGUAUGCCCUCUAUGAUUCCGUCCACGGGCCUACGUGCAGGUCACCGAGACGCCUUCCGCCGAAGCCCAACCCCAGACUUUGAAAGAAUUGGGGAUACACCAACAAAAGGUGGCUCAAACUUUCUGCGCCGACCUACCAAAGAGGAGGAUGUCUUGCCGUUCCCGCCCUCAUCGCCGCUAAUGGAGAGGAGGAAUGUAUCAGCAGCAGAUCUUUUCGCACCCAGAGAACAAAAGCGAAGGGUCAGUUUUACACCAUCGAGAGACGAAGGAAUAUUGGCUACGCCCGUAAAGGCUACGUCAAAGAGCAUCAACAACGUCGAGGAUCAGAACAUUGCGCCCGCAAAGCCAAUGUCGAUUUACCAGCAAUUGGGAUGGGACGAUGACAUGGAUGACCUGUUAUGA